UACUACACUAUGAUAAGAUCAUGGAUCAGAUUCAAUCAUUCAAAUGCCAUUGAAAUUCGCGGCCGGUUGUCGGUUCACGGUCAUUCGUUUACUGCUGCCGAAUCUGAAAACGCGUAUACUAGCGUAUACAUUGUUGGCUGGGAUACGAACAAACGUGGAAUUAAAUUAGAAACGUUGUUGAUUCCCAAAUUUACUGUUUUCGUUCACUAUAUAUAUACUAAGUAAUUACUCGUGGGUUGUGCGCAUAAUUUCCAACGUGCCACUCAGCAACGCAUGGAGAUUCAGAAACAGUGGAAACAGUAUACAGGUAGUAAAAUACCUUUUCUAAUAGUAAUAAAUGUUUACUAACGUUGAACAAAUUAUAUUUGAUGAGUGAACAUUUCGAUUAAGUAUGAGACGAACGAAUAGUCUGCCUGAUUUAGCCUCCGUUCCGCAAAGUCAAGUUGUUCGAUCGUGCUAAAUGGUUACAGGUGAAAUAAAAGUUUGUUAAUCAUACAAGGUGGUGAACGGUGUAAUGGGAGCGAGCCAACGAACCGAUUGGAAACCUUUUAUUUACGGGGGUCUGGCUUCGAUCGUUGCAGAAUUAGGUACUUUCCCCUUGGACACGACCAAGACACGUCUGCAAGUUCAAGGCCAGAAAUUUGACCAAAGAUAUUCGAGCUUGAAGUAUUCUGGUAUGACCGACGCGCUGUUGCAGAUAUCGCAACAGGAGGGUGUCAAAGCUUUAUACUCUGGGAUCAGUUCGGCUAUCUUGAGACAAGCUACUUAUGGAACCAUCAAAUUCGGUACUUACUAUUCGUUAAAGAACGCAGCUAUGGAUAGAUGGGAAACGGAUGAUCUGGUCGUCAUAAAUGUUGUGUGCGCUGCGGUGGCUGGUGCAGUUUCAAGUGCUAUAGCCAAUCCCACAGACGUAGUAAAAGUUCGUAUGCAAGUAACUGGAAGUAAUUCGAAUCUAUCGUUGUUCGGCUGUUUCCAAGACGUUUAUCAGCACGAAGGUAUUCGUGGUUUGUGGAGGGGUGUAGGACCUACCGCUCAGAGAGCAGCGAUUAUAGCCGCCGUAGAAUUACCUAUAUACGAUUACAGUAAGAAGAAAUUGACAAGCGUACUGGGAGACAGUGUCAGCAAUCACUUCGUGUCCAGCUUUGUAGCCAGUAUGGGAAGUGCAGUAGCCUCCACUCCCAUAGACGUGGUUCGUACGCGAUUAAUGAACCAGAGGAGGAUACACACGGCAGGUGUGUUACCACCUCAUUUUUAUAGCGGUAGCAUAGAUUGCUUCGUACAGACUUUUAAAAACGAAGGCUUCCUGGCUUUGUACAAAGGUUUCGUACCCACUUGGUUCAGGAUGGGACCAUGGAACAUAAUAUUUUUUAUAACGUACGAACAGUUGAAGCAAUGGGAUCGUUCGCAUUUGUCGCUAAAGAAAAUGUUCGAUCAAUCGGAUGAAUAGCAGCACAGCUAACGACUCACUAAUUUUAACUGAAAGAACGCAACAGAUGAGGCGGGCGAAGUACACGUACGUAGGUGUGUGUGUGCGUGCGUGUGUGUGUGUGUAUCGAGAGAGAGUAGCUUAGCGACGACAAAACGAUGUAACGAUAAAGUAAUUGUACAUUCUACUCGUAUAACUUAUUUUCAUAGAUAUCGACGAUCGAAGCGUUUAUCGUGUAGAGUAUUCAGUAACUAUGACUAGGUAAAAAGUGAUCAAGUCCUCUCGUUGCUAAUAACGAGCACCGAUGAAAGUAUUUAUAGUAAAUAGUAUAUAUGAAAAUAGUUGAUUAAAAAAAUGUUCCUUUCACGAUUAAUCGUGAAGUUUCACCCUACUAGUCAAGUUUGAUUUACGAUCGUAGAGCACAGAGUAUCGGCAGAUUGUAAAAGGCUUCGUCUAACGAUGCAGAUUCUCUUGAAGUAAACUUAUUCGCAUGUUCGGGAUUUCCGAUUGCUCUGAGAGCAAUAUCUUAUGUUGUUCCCAUUUGAAAGCUCGUCACUAUUAGUACAGAUGUUGCAAGACUGACAACGACCGUUAGGACGUAGUAUGUAGUACAAAGAUUCAAAGAACACAGAAAAACUAUUCACUACGUAUCAUUGUCUGACGAUGAAUAUCUAACGAAAUAAUGCACACACCGUGAAACGUCAAGUGUUCGCAGAGAAUCUCCUGUUAAAAUGAAUAAAGAGACAUCGUUUUAAAUUUACAUUUAACAUUUAA